AUGGACGAUAUGACGAAGUCUGUGAUGUUGACAGUUGUGUUUAUUGUAACACUGUUUGUACUGCCAUCUCAGGCGAGGAUUUUCCAUUUGGAUUUAAAGACAGAUGAGCGACGAGAAAUACCCCUCAGUACUUUUGGCUUUCUGAAGAAAGGCACCCUGGUCGUCAAUAUGACGCUAUUUGCUGUCACUAGUACGGACGAUUUUGAUUACAAAGAUGCAAUGUUUGGGUUUACACUAGACAAGAGUGGCAGUAAAGGAAUAUCAAGCUACAUGGAGGACAACCAGGGCAAGUGCAUUCUACAGUCACCAUCAGUAAAAGAGUUCACCAACAACUCUGUCUCUAUAGUGUUCUUCAAAAUGAAUUUCAAGACACUUGAGAUGACAUUGAGCAGAAGAGGGAAAGGCAUUAAGAAAUUACUGAUUACAGAUGAUGAGGAUGUCAUCAACAGUCGUCUUAACCGCCCUGUCAUAUCCAAGCCAAAGGUCCUACUUGGCGACCAACAUUUGGUUGGUGGUAAAAAAACCAAACGGGAUGUCAGCAGCUUACCACAGCUCUCCACAACAACUUUUGCCAGUUCUCAUGUUCAAGAACCUACAGCUAAGCCAGUGAAACCUCAUGAUACUUCAGUAGACAAACCACAGGAUGUUGAACCUGCUUCAGCAGACAAGACAAAAGAUGUGAAACCUGCUUCAGCAGACAAGACAGAGGAUGUCACACCUGCUCCAACAGAUAAACCAGUGGAUGUCAAACCUGCUCCAACAGAUAAACCAGAGGAUGUCAAACCUGCUUCAGCAGACAAGACGCAGGAUGUCAAACCUGCUUCAACAGACAAGACAGGAAAUGUCAAACCUGCUUCAGCAGACAAAACAGGACAUAAGUCAUCUCAGACUAAGGAUGUUGCAGUGCAGAAGAAAAUUAGGAUGCACCAGACAGAAGAUGGGGGUUUCUCUGCCUUUUUUGGUGUGGCCAUCAAUACAGAUGAAGAAGAAGGUUUGUACAACCUGUACUUCCAUAACUGCUACAACUAUCCUAAGGAGCUGAUAGAAGUACACCUAAUGUUAGGAAUCACUGAAGCUAACGAUAACAACUACCUGUCUGCUGGGGAGAUGCCCAUACCGAAGCUUUUCUUCUGUCUCUUUGUGUUGUACGUCCUGACUGCCAUCGUCUGGUCAACCAUCCUCAAGAGGGGCAGUGAGGACGUGUACAAAAUCCACUACCUUAUGCUGUCUGUCAUCAUGGUGAAGAGUCUCUCUUGUCUAUUUCGUUCUAUCAACAGCCAUUUCAUUUCUGUGGAAGGUUUUCACCGGGAAGCAUGGGCAGUCUUAUACUACAUCGUAUAUCUGACUAAGGGCGCACUGCUGUUCUCCACCAUUCUACUCAUUGGUGCUGGCUGGGCCUUUGUCAAACACAUCCUUUCUGUUAAAGAGAAGAAACUGUUCCUUAUCAUUCUGCCACUUCAGGUUUUGGACAAUGUGGCUUUCAUUAUAGUAGAGGAAAGUCAAGAGGGCCAGUCAGAGUACACCAUGUGGAAGGAAGUGUUCAUCAUCAUUGACCUGCUGUGUUGUGGGGCUAUCCUCUUCCCUGUUGUGUGGUCUAUACGUCACCUGCAGCAAAGUGCUAGAACAGAUGGCAAGGCUGCUAUCAGUCUUCAAAAGCUCAAAUUAUUUAGGCAGUUUUAUAUCAUGGUGGUGUGUUACAUCUACUUCACACGGAUAAUAGCAUAUCUUAUAAAGAUUACAGUACCAUUCCAAUAUGAAUGGGUAUAUGACCUGUUCCGAGAGACAACUUCCUUCCUGUUUUUCCUAGUGACAGGUUGGAAGUUCCGUCCUGCAUCCAACAACCCUUAUCUACAGGUGCCUCAGGACAGUGAUGAUGAAUUGGAGAUGGAUGAAGUAGUGACUGAAUCAGCUGCUCUUGACAAUGUGAAGCGUGUGAAUCAAAAAGAUGAGUCAAGUACCAAGCCAAAACAGCGUGAGAGCAGUCAUGAGUAUGAUUAGAACCAAGCUGAAAACAUCACAAGAGCAGUCACGUGAUUAGAACCAAGUUUAGACUUGGAGAGAGCAAAUCUAUUAUCUUUUGCACUCAUCACAUUGUGACAUUUUUCAUAUGUAACCAGGGAUAGGUUUCGGGAUUGUCCCCAUAAAUGAACUGGUCGCAUAUCACAGCUGGUUUCGUGAUGAAAGCACCUCUUGAAAAACAAUACUCAUAGCAGUAUGGGGCCUGACUAUAUUCAAAAUCUGUUCUGUCUCAGGUAGGUCUGCUUAAAGAGAACAGAAACAAAUAAACAAAGAAACAUUAUUUAAAUACAUGAUAAUAUGAAUGUCCUGUGUACAAAGUAAAAUUUUUUUUCGUAAAUGUGCAUCAAAUUAGUCUAAAAGUGGUUUAUCUGGGAGUAAUCUUCUUAGGCAGUUUGGAUCCUGAAGACUUUGACUUUUCAUCCUGUGCAUAUAUAUAUAUAUAGUGACCAGUAACCUGGUUAAGGUGCUAGUUCUGCCAACAUGAGAAUAUUUCUAGUCAAGGAUACUUAAGAAAACCAACAGAGGUAUUCUAUUUCUAAAUGAAAAAUAUUCAGUUAAGAAUUUUGUACGAGAUUGAUAAGGCAUGUGAUUGUUGUGCCAUGACAUUUACAGUCAGAAUCAAUGCAGAGCUUUGCAGACGAACAUCAAAUUAUAUACUAGUGCAAUCAAAAUAUAGGAUCUCUGCCUGCAAAACAUCUGUAAUUCCUACUAUCGUAAAUUCCAGUAGAAGAUAAUUCUGUUCCUAUAUCUAUAUUCUAUACAAAACUGCAAUCCUUCAAACGGAAAGAUCUUUUUGAUGGUACUUUCCCUGUCUCUAUGACAACAUUAACGAUGCCAUAAUGAUUACCAUAAUCAAUGUCAUUUACAGUGUUUAACUUACACUUUUUAUUCAUUUGUUAAUGUAAAUAUAUUGAGGUGAAAUUUGGGGUAUCAACUGAGGUUUUCACAAAGAAUACUGAUGUGCUUACAGAAGUGUAGGUUAAUCAGCAUAUAACCAGUUUCAAGUAACUGGUUUGGAUCCGAGAAAACAGUUCACAGAUCAAGGGAGUUGCAGCUUUAGAUGGCUUGAAGAGGAUGACUCUCAUGAUAAAGUGUUUCAUGUUACUGAUGAAAUGAUCUUUAAUGGUAUAAAACAGGGUCAUCCUUCACUGGGAUUUGUAAACUGUUUGUUGGGAGAAGGAAUAAUUUAUUUGUAGUCUCUGUGUACAAUAAUUUGUCAUUGCCAACUGUCAAACGUUUGUGUCUGUAAAGUAUGAAUGUGUUAAUUCUUAAUCAGGAAUGAAGAUUAAUCAGCAGAAAUGUGUCUUUAUAAUGUUUUUUAGUUCACUUUUCAAUUGAUAUUUAUAUUAUUAAAUUAUAAGUAUAAAUGAAAGCUGUUACCUGUGAUUUAUGUCAUUAUGGAGGAGUGAUGUGUUUAUUGAUAUUUGUAUGAAUUAAAGAUACUGAGUGAAUGAACAUGUAGUAAUUAACUCCACAUUCCAAGGGAGAUAAAGCACAAGCAGUGUUAUAGCUGUUUAUCAGUAGGGACUCUUAUGCUUCACAUUGAUAGAACAAUAGUGAUAUAUAUGUAUAUAUACAUAUAUAUAUUUAUAGGCAAUCAAUUGUUAAAUCCUAUUAUUACAUGAAACCAGUGACAGUAUUUGUAUUGUAUAUGGAGCACUUUCCAUCCUUCUUUUUAUGGUACUAUCUAUUAUCACAUUAUUGCUUUGUGUUGCGAAUGGUGAUAUGAUGUCUGAAGUGUCUGAUGGCACUAAUUGAACAGAUAACACUGUUGUAUGUGUGGUUAAGUUGUCUAAAGUGUCUGAUGGCACUAAUUGAACAGAUAACACUGUUGUAUGAGUGGUUAGAGUGUCAGAGGUGUCUGGUGGCACUAAUUGAACAGAUAACACUGUUGUAUGAGUGGUUAAGGUGUCUGAAGUGUCUGAUGGCACUAAUUGAACAGAUAACACAGUUGUAUGAGUGGUUAAAGUGUCAGAAGUGUCUGAUGGCACUAAUUUAACAGAUAGCACUGUUGUAUGAGUGGUUAGAGUGUCUGAUGGCACUACUUGAACAGAUAACACUGUUGUAAGAGCAGUUAAAGUGUCUGAAGUGUUUGAUGGCACUAAUUGAACAGAUAACACUUGUGUGAGUGGUUAAGUUGUCUGAGGUGUCUGAUGGCACUAAUUGAACAGUUAACAUUUGUAUGAGUGGUUAAGGUGUCUGAAGUGUCUGAUGACACUAAUUGUACAGAUAACACUGUUGUAUGAGUGGUUAAAGUGUCUGAAGUGUCUGAUGGCACUAAUUGAACAGAUAACACUGUUGUAUGAGUGGUUAAGUUGUCUGAAGUGUCUGAUGGCACUACUUGAACAGAUAACACUGCUGUAUGAGUGGUUAAAGUGUCUGAAGUGUCUGAUGGCACUAAUUGAACAGAUAACACUGUUGUAUGAGUGGUUAAAGUGUCUGAAGUGUCUGAUGGCACUAAUUGAACAGAUAACACUGUUGUAUGAGUGGUUAAAGUGUCUGAAGUGUCUGAUGGCACUAAUUGAACAGAUAACACUGUUGUAUGAGUGGUUAAGGUGUCUGAAGUGUCUGAUGGCACUAAUUGAACAGAUAACACUGCUGUAUGAGUGGUUAAAGUGUCUGAAGUGUCUGAUGGCACUAAUUUAACAGAUAACAAUGUUGUAUGAGUGGUUAAAGUGUCUGAUGGCACUAAUUGGACAGAUAACAAUGUUGUAUGAGUGGUUAAAGUGUCUGAAGUGUCUGAUGGCACUAAUUGAACAGAUAACACUGUUGUAUGAGUGGUUAAAGUGU